GUCAGACGCGUUCAGAGACGCGCGUGUGGAUCAUGUUUGCUGUGUGCUGCUGAGAGAUAUCAGACACGCACCAUCUGCUGUACGGUCGCGCUUCACCUGAUCCGUGCGGAUAUAACAAACAUUCACCUGGAUUUCAUCACCUGUGCGUCGCUUCUCGGAGGCAGAAUGCGGCGCGCUUUAAUAGACACGGGAAACUAUUACAGUUAGUUCGGAUCCGGAUCUGCGUCUUCGGGAUCCCGAUGUCUUCAUAUGAGCCGCUGCUGCUGGUUUUCUCUCUCGUUACAGACGCGGCAGCAUCACGGUUCCGCGCGUCGCGUUGCGCACGGCGCGUCAGUUGGACACUCCGGACCCUUCUGCGCACGCUUCAUUGGGAUCUAGCGGAUAACAUGUUGUGAAUGCACCUGGAAUAGUGAUAGUUUUGAGGAUAACGCACGGAUUUUGUCCUCUGGAUCUUUGGAUGUUUCCUGAUUUACUGAGAAUUUGGCUUUUCUGAAGCUCCGGUCUGUAUGGACCCCAUUUAAGCUUCCCUCAAAGGAACUGAGUCUAAAAUGAAGUUAUGGGACAUUCUAGCCACGUGUUUGUUGCUCCUGAGCUCCGUUUCCGCACGUCCCGUCUUCCACAAGCUGCAGCCAUCCAAAAGAGCCGUCGUCCGCAGUGAGACGCCCGCUCUGGACCCCAUCAUCGACUCCCAACCUGAAACCAUGCACCAUAAACAAGCCUCCAUGGAGGAACAAUAUGACGUGAACGGCUUUUACCCGGAGCAGUUCGAGAGCGUAAUGGACUUCAUCCAAGCCACCAUCGGCCGACUGCGCAGAUCCUCCGACGCAGAUUCACAAGCCAAGAGGGACAGAGGCCGACAGAAAGGAGCAACAAACACCGAGAGGAGCAGCCGGGGACGAGGAGACCGGAAGAGGAGUCGUGGACGAGGCCGUAAGGAAAGCCGAGACGACAGGGUCAAAGUUCAAGGGCGUGGGUGUCUCCUGAAAGAGAUCCACCUCAACGUCACAGACCUGGGCUUGGGUUACAGGACCAAAGAGGAGCUGAUCUUCCGCUACUGCAGCGGCCCGUGUUUCGACGCCGAGACCAACUACGACAAGAUCCUCAACAACCUCACCCACAACAAGAAGCUGGACAAGGAGACGCCGUCUCGGACUUGCUGUCGGCCCGUUGCGUUCGACGACGACGUCUCGUUUUUGGACGACAGCUUGGAAUACCAUACUCUGAAGAAGCAUUCGGCUAAAAAGUGUGCUUGCGUUUGACGGAUGAAACCCGCGCAGUGCAAAAAAUGAAUUUCUUAGUACUUUUGUGAUUUUUAUUUUCUAGUAUAAAUAUCUAAACAUUCUUGAAUCAAGAUGCAUUUACUUGGCAAGU